AUGGAAAUCACACAACUCCUCGAAGGCCAUCAGACAAUGCUUGUCAUGUAUCUGAUGGCCGGUACCAUCCUAAUUGUUCUCGUCAUCAUCCUCCUCUUCUUCGCACAAUCCAGACGAAUGAAUUGGUACGAGAAAAACGUUUUGGAUUUAUCAAGGACGAACACACAACGAGUGAGGUGUAAAGCGUUUAAUCGUUUGGACACUGAAGACGACCGGGAUAGUAUCCACGAAGUCCUCAGCCGAAAACAGUCACGUAUUGUGCCGAUGAGACAAGGCAAGUCAUCACAAACCCCCAAAAUAACGCACAUACGCCACGAAAACGCGCGCAAUUACUCGAAACACAAUGCAGAUCCCAGCUCC